AUGAAUAAAGAAGAAAACCUCUAUCAGUUUAUAUUUAAAACCAUAUUAAAUAAUAUUAAUAAACAACAGCAUCAAAACCAACAAUAUUUCCCAAAUGAUGACGAUAACUUACAAGAUGAAUUAAAUGAAUUUAGUGAAAGAAAAAUAGAUAACGAUAUUAUAUCACUAUUACAAAGAAUAAUAACAUCAAAUGAAAGUGUAUGGAAUUGGGUACAUUUUUUUAACUAUCUACUAAAAGAUAAUAGUAAUAAUAGUAACAAUAGUAAUAAUGGCAAUAAUAAUAAUUUAUUUAUAUUACAAUUAAAUAAAGAAUUACAAAUCGAACUAUUAAAUUGGUUUUUAACAUUAUUAAGAUGUGUAAAUAAUGAAAACUCACCAUCCAAUACUAUGAAAAUUCCAAUAUAUCAUUUAAAGAAUUUAAUAAUAAAAUCAUAUUUAAAAAAUAAUAAAGGCUAUUCAAUUUAUAAAGAAGAUUAUUUAUUCAGUUUUAUAAUAGACUCAAUCUUAUCAGAUAUAGACUUUUUAAUAGAUAGUAAUCAAAACAAUAAUAAUAGCAAUAAUAGUAGUAGUAUUGAUAUUGGUGUUGAAGAGGAAAAUUUUCAACAAAUAGAAUCAAUUGGUAUUUAUUAUCCAUUCACUGUAACAUUUGAUAAAGAGUUUAACAAAUUUAUUGGUGAAAAACUUAAUAAGCUAAAUAUAGAAAUGAAUGAAAGAGAAGAUAAGGAAAUGAAAAAACAAGACGAAAACAAAAUGAACGUUGAUCAAGAGGUCGCUGAACAACAAUACAACUACUAUAGUAACGCAAUUAAAGAAAUAAUAGACACAGAGUUUGGUAAUAAUAGAAUAUCAUCUUUUCUAAACAACACGGAUCAAUGUGACCAAAACCCAUAUAGACAUCAAGAUUUGACACCAAAGAAUUCCAGAACAGAGCAGCACCUUUUAAAUGACAAACUAUUGACCAAUAUAAAUGAUUUAAUGCUGGAUGAUAAAGAAUUUUAUCAAUUUAAUAAUCAUAAGCAAGAUGAUUUACAUUUACAAGAUUGGUCAGUUCAGUUCCAAACAUUAAUACCAGAGUUUAAUAAUAUAAACAUGGACAUUGAAUCAAUGCUUACAAAAGGUAUUACCACAGAGUCAGAGCCAAAAGAAAGAAUACCAUCAGUAAAUAAGACCUCUUCUCAUCAAGAAGAGUAUGAAGAUCAUAUUGCAUCAUCACCAUCAUUAGACAAACAAAUGGAGACAAAGCAAUCAAUAACUGAAUCAUUAGAGUCAACAUCUAUUAGAAAAUUACAAAAUGAAGAGAUCACAUCAAUCAUUGCAAUCAAAGAUUUUAUUAGAAAUGAUAAUAAUACAAAUAAUAAUCUUGGAAAUCUUCUUGAACCAUUACUUUUAAUUAGUGAUGUUGGUGAAGCUAUAAAACUUUUAGAGGCAAAUACCUACAGUGAAGAUCAAUUUGUUCAGUUUAUAUCAACAAUUAUAUCAUUGGAUUUUAGCUUUUUAUCACUAUCCCAGUUUUUUUCAUCUUUACUUUUACCAAAAGCGUUGGAUGUUAAAAAUAAAAGCGAAAGAAUGUUUUUAGAUCUACUCGGUAGUUGUUUUAAGCAACAUCACACAGCAUUCAUUGGGUCAUUCAUGGUUCCGCUAAUAGUUAGAAAUGAAGAAUUUCAAGCACCUCAAAAAGAAAUUAUAAUCAAACUACUUCAAAUUAAGGACAUUGAUAGCACUGUUAAAAUCCAAUUUGUUUCAUCAUUAUUGGUUGCAAUUCAAAAAAAUCAACAUUUUAUUUGGAAUGAAUCAGUUAUUUGGAUUUUUACAACUAUAAUACAAUUAAAACUUUUAUUAAACGAAAAAAUAUUUUCAGAUUUAUUUGAGGUUUUAACGAUAGCUUCAAAACCAUUGUCGAAAAACCAAAAAUUUGCCACCUUAAUGCUAACUACUAUAUCAAGUUAUCAAAAAAAUAUUAAAGAAUUUGUACCUAAAAUUGAACAACUGUUAUUAAAUAUGCAGAUUAAUGUAAAGGGUUCGUUAAAUCUUUUAGAGAAAAUAAAAAACUCUUAA